GGGAAAAAGUGGGAUAUCAACAAGCACCACCACCUCUUCCACCUCCGGCCAGAAUCAUUCACAUGAUAACUAGGGGCCUAGAAGCGGGAGGGUUGAGCUCCAAGCAAGGGAAACUGUAUGUUAAAGAAGUCAAGCAUCAAAACAAAGCUCAGAAGAGGAAAUUUGAUGAUGCAAAAUGGAAAAACCAACUGAUCACUUUAACAAAUGUUGACCUCGAUGGCAUGGUCAUUCCUCACAAUGAUCCUUUGGUCACUUCAAUUAUUGUUAAUAACUACGAGGUGCAGCAUGUUCUCAUUAGCAUUGGCAGCACACCUGAUAUCAUGUAUUAUCAUUACUUUGAAAGUCUUGGUUUUGACCCUACUCUUCUACAGAAACAUGAUGGUCUCAUUUAUGGUUUUAACAACCAACCAAUUGCGGUUGAAGCUGUACACACACUCAACGUUGCAGUUGGAAGCGGCUGAACCUAUGUUACUCCUUCGAUGUAUAGGCAGCCGCUAGGGACACUUCAGGCUACAGAUCUGAGUUCUACAAAUUGGGUUUUUGCUCUUCUAGACUUAUUUUUCCUUUGUUUGGAUAUGGAAUUGUGGUUCAUCAAUUUAAUCUCAGAUUUUACCAUGUUUAGUAUGAACUAAUUUUGCCAUCUAAGGCUACGAUGUAGCCUGAUCAAUUUAAUAUAGAAUUUCAUGAUUUUUAUAUUUUCAAGGGUUAUUAUUUCAUGUAGAGUAUAUAUUAUUGUUCUUAAUGCUUUUUGAUGAUUGGCCACCAUUAAAACUGAUUUGAAGAGCAUAAUUGAGACCGAGAAGAGAUUUUAUGCAAUAGCUUUUAGUAAUAUAUACCAUGAAUUGAA